AUGGCUACCCAGUGCCUUUGUCUCCUGCUUCUUACCUGCCUGCUGGCCCUGGCAGCAUCUCUUCCUGACCUUGACAUAAGAAACUUGUACCUCCUCAAUGGCACGAUGGACGACAUCAUGAAUGCUCCUCCAGAGUCCUCCCAGCCCGAUGAUGGUGAUGGACAUGUCCGACAGGCCAGAGACAUCGGCCACCACCCGCCAGCAAGUCACGCCUCAGGUUGGCCCAAGGACUGCAGCGAGAUUCCCCGUGGCAGCCACAGCGGUGUCUACAUCAUCCAGCCCAAGGGCUCCACCAUCGUGGUGUACUGCGAGAUGAAUGUGACCCACGGGGGCUGGACCGUGAUCCAGAGGAACCAGAGAGACACACCAGUCACCUGGGCCGAGUCCUGGAGCACCUACAAGUUCGGCUUCGGGAACGUGCGCACCGAGUACUGGCUGGGCACCGAGUACAUCCACCAGAUCGCCAAGCAGAAGGUCUACCAGGUCAGGUUUGUGAUCCAGGAUUCUGCAGACACCAUCAGCUUCGCAGACUACAACCUGUUCAGCGUGGAAGACGAGUCCCAGGGCUACAGGCUGAGGCUGGGCGCCUACAACGGCACGGCGGGGGAUGCCAUGACCUCAGACAAUCCCAACAACAUGCAUGACAACAUGAAAUUCUCCACAAAGGAUCGGGACCAGGACACUUACAGUAAGAACUGUGCCUACAGCUAUGAGGGCGGGUGGUGGUUCUCGUCGUGUUACUCUGUGAGGCUGAAUUACAAGGGUGGCAUGUCAUGGGGCAACCUGUGCAAGGGGAACUGCAAAUCCUCCCUUAUCCUCAUCAAACCAGCUUCAUAUUGCUAGUGCUUCUUCCUCCUCCUGUCCACACUGGACACUCUGCAAAGGCUCUGCAUGGCUGAAGAGCGUGAGCCUCUCUGGAGCAGAGCGAGGAGCCCAAAGAUAGCAGGGCUUUAGUAAAAUGCCACUUUCCAAUCCCCACUCUGAGUGCAGGCUCCCCUCUGCUCAGCU